CGUCACCACCAAAUGACGUCUUUCAGGUGCCUAAACAAUAAGAGUUUGCAGGGAGAAUGUGUGUGCGUACUAAUGUGUGUGUCAAGUCAACAAAAGCCAUGUUUUACCGGGCAGAGAGUCGGUGAAGGACUACCAAGCCUAGAGAAACCGGAAGAAGUGAAGUUAUGACGAGAGUAUGGCUGAUAAAGGCCCUUUUUUAACUUCAUGUAUCAUCUUCUACUUGUCCAUCGGAGCGGCGAUAUUCCAGAUCCUCGAAGAGCCCAACUGGGAGUCAGCCCGCAGCAAAUAUCUUCUUCAAAAGGAAGAUAUUUUAAAGAAGUACCCUUGCCUGAUGAAAGAAGAUCUGGAUGAGAUUCUGAAGGUAGUAUCGGAUGCUGCAGGCCAAGGUGUGUCCAUCACAGGGAACAAACACCACCACAUGUGGGAUUGGGGCAACUCUGUCAUCUUUGCUGCAACUAUUGUCACAACAAUAGGCUACGGUAACGUUGCUCCAAAAACCAAAGGAGGCCGUGUGUUCUGUAUCCUGUACGGUCUGUGUGGGAUUCCAUUGUGUCUGGUGUGGAUCAGCACACUGGGUUCGUUCUUUGGAGACCGAGCCAAACGCCUCUCCCAAGUACUGAUCCGUAGAGGCGUGCCAGUGAAACGUGUUCAGCUGAUCUGCACAGCAAUCUUCCUCUUAUGGGGGCUCUUUGUGCACCUGGUGUUUCCGCCAUUGGUUUUCAGGUCCGUGGAAGGAUGGAGCUACUUGGAAGGCCUCUACUUUUCUUUCAUAACCCUCACAACUGUUGGAUUUGGGGAUUAUGUAGCAGGUACGGUUUGAUUGGUGCCAUCAAAU